UGUGUGUGUCUGCAGGUGCGUUAUUCCUCUCAGUCUUUAUUCGAGUACCUGAAGGGCAUUCAGCAGGAUGCCACAGUGCUUCAGCAGUUUGGAGACACGUUGUUACGCAUCUUCAGGGAUAACCUGCGCAAUGACAGAGUUUCUGUACCUUUGCUGAAGAUGGUGGACCAAAUCCUUGCUAAUGGCUGUUUUGACCGCUUCGCCAGCGAGGAGAGUCAUCCGUUCUGCGUAGAGCUGCUGGCGAUCUGUAAAGAGGAAAUCAGGAAAUCCAAAGAUGUCCAGAAGUUGUUGUCGUGUAUAGCUGUGUUCUGUGGAAUGGUGCAGUUCAAGGGUGAUGUGAGGGAGAAGGUCUUAGUGCAGCUGUUGAUGUUGCUCUGUCACCCCUUCCCUGUGAUCAGGAAGAUGACUGCCAGCCAGGUAUACGAGAUGCUCUUGACCUACGAUGAUGUCAUUGACGAUGAUCAAGUGCUGGCUGAUGUCAUGGCUUCGCUUAGUGACACUAAUUGGGAAAGUGACAUCGCCACAGUGCGGACCCACAGGAAUCAGCUCUGUGAUUGGUUGGGAGUGCCCAGGCCGAUUCUGGUAACCAAGACUUCACCCCAAUAAAUCUGUUCCUACCUGACGGCUGCUUUGCACUGCAUUCUGUGCGGACGUCAGAGACAGUGUCCAUAUGUCCUCUGCUGUCAGAUAAUGUUGUCCAUCUAACAGUAUCUGACCUGUCAUCAUUCAGUUCUUAAGUAAAAUGUCUUGGAGCUCAGUUGAGCUUAUUUUACAGCACUAUAGAUGCAGUUGUGUAGUGAUGUUCUCUGUUUUAGUGCACUUAUGGAAAUAUUGCUAAUUAUUGACGUCAUGAUUAUUAAUGAUUUUUCAUGUUCAGAUUGUAGCAUGUCUUUCAGAGUCAUAAUUUACUCACCUUCAUGAUAUUUGAGUCAGUGAGUUGAACUAGAAAACAGAUCACCAAAUGUAUCAGUCUUUUGAGGCUGUGCUUUUCAAUAAACCUGUUCAAUAAAGACUGGUCACAA